GCUCAUGUGAUCCAUCACAUGACAGCAGAUCUUACAGAAAGGCGGAAUGGGACUCCGAGCCUGCCUCCUAGGCCUGCUUGCCCUCAUCCUCUCUGGCAAAUGCAGUUACAGCCCAGAGCCCGACCAGCGGAGGACGCUUCCCCCAGGCUGGGUGUCCCUGGGCCGUGCAGACCCUGAGGAAGAGCUGAGUCUUACCUUUGCCCUGAGACAGCAGAACCUGGAGAGACUCUCGGAGCUGGUGCAGGCUGUGUCGGAUCCCAGCUCUCCUCGCUAUGGAAAAUACCUAACCCUAGAGGAUGUGGCUGAGCUGGUCCGCCCAUCACCACUGACCCUCCGCACAGUCCAAAAAUGGCUCUUGGCAGCUGGAGCCCGGAACUGCCAUUCGGUGACCACACAGGACUUUCUGACUUGCUGGCUGAGUGUCCGACAGGCAGAGCUGCUGCUCUCUGGGGCUGAGUUUCAUCACUAUGUGGGAGGACCUGCGGAGACCCAUGUUGUAAGGUCCCCACGUCCCUACCAGCUCCCACAGGCCUUGGCCCCCCAUGUGGAUUUUGUGGGAGGAUUGCACCGUUUCCCCCCCACGUCAUCCCUGAGGCAACGCCCUGAGCCACAGGUGGCAGGGACUGGUGGCCUGCAUCUGGGGGUGACCCCAUCUGUGAUCCGUGAGCGAUACAACUUGACAGCACAAGACGUGGGCACUGGCACCAGCAAUAACAGCCAGGCCUGUGCCCAGUUCCUGGAGCAGUAUUUCCAUGGCUCAGACCUGGCCGAGUUCAUGCGCCUCUUUGGUGGCAAAUUUGUACACCAGGCAUCAGUAGCCCGCGUGGUUGGACAGCAGGGCCGUGGCAGGGCUGGAAUUGAGGCCAGUCUAGAUGUGCAGUACCUGAUGAGUGCUGGUGCCAACAUCUCCACCUGGGUCUACAGUAACCCUGGUCGACAUGAGGGGCAGGAGCCCUUCCUGCAGUGGCUCCUGCUGCUCAGUAAUGAAUCAGCCCUGCCACACGUGCACACUGUGAGCUAUGGGGAUGAUGAAGACUCACUCAGCAGAGCCUACCUCCAGCGGGUCAACACUGAGUUCAUGAAGGCUGCUGCUCGGGGUCUCACCCUGCUCUUUGCCUCAGGUGACAGUGGGGCUGGGUGUUGGUCUGUCUCUGGAAGACACCAGUUCCGUCCUAGCUUCCCCGCCUCCAGCCCUUAUGUCACCACAGUGGGCGGUACAUCCUUCCAGAAUCCUUUCCUCAUCACAAAUGAGAUUGUUGACUAUAUCAGUGGUGGUGGCUUCAGCAAUGAGUUUCCACGGCCUUCAUACCAGGAGGAAGCUGUAGCCCAGUUCCUGAGCUCUAGUCCCCACCUUCCACCAUCCAGUUACUUCAAUGCCAGUGGCCGUGCCUACCCAGAUGUGGCUGCGCUCUCUGAUGGCUACUGGGUGGUCAGCAACAGUGUGCCCAUUCCAUGGGUGUCUGGCACCUCGGCCUCCACUCCAGUGUUUGGGGGGAUCCUAUCCUUGAUAAAUGAGCACAGAAUCCUCAGUGGCCGCCCCCCUCUUGGCUUUCUCAAUCCAAGGCUCUACCAGCAGCGUGGGGCAGGACUCUUUGAUGUAACCCAUGGCUGCCAUGAGUCCUGUCUGAAUGAAGAGGUGGAGGGUCAGGGUUUCUGCUCUGGUGCUGGCUGGGAUCCUGUGACAGGUUGGGGAACACCCAACUUCCCAGCUCUGCUGAAGACACUACUCAACCCUUGACCCUUCCCUGGCAGAACAACCUGUCCCCUGCCCUGUAGCUAGUGGUUCAGUCCCUUAUUCUGCCCCAUUGCAAGCUCUGCUGAACCCUCAACUGUUGACUGCUGCAGACAGCUUAUCUCCCAGACCCUGAAAUGCUGUGAGCUUGACUUGACUCCCAACCCUACCAUGCUCCAUCACACUCAGGUCUCCCUACUCCUGCCUCAGGUUUCUCAACUAGAUGGUAUAACUAGCAUUUUUGGCUACCCCUUCUCCCCAUCUCACCUUCCUCUUUUCAACCAGGCUUUUCUAAAGG